UAUAAGCAAGGAAACCCUUCGUUCUGUGAGAUUCUGCAGAUGAGUUGAAAGUUGUUAGUGCAGCUAAGAAGAGUGGAGUUGGGGGGGAAAACAGAUAAUGCUCAUUAACAUACACUUUCUCACACAGAACUAUUUCGUUGCUGAUACUGUCAUUUUAAAAGAAAUUCAGUUUAAUCUAGAGGAGUCUCUCCUCCAAAAUUAUGUUUUGAUUUUGUAACAUAACGUUAGCUAGCUAGAUAACGAUCAAUACUGCUAGCUACCUGAAGUUACGCUGGCGGUGUUAACGUUAGCUUUGCAUACAUUCUAUCGUGAUCUUGGUAACCCUUCUGAGUCGAGUGUUUUUCUUGUGGAUGUUGAAAAAUAAGUCGAGUGAGGCUAAAGGUAGUGUCGCUUUAAGAGGAGGCGGAGAAAGCGCCACUGUAGCUGGUGUGUUGAGAGUGCUGGGUAUUUUAGCGACAACAUUGACCGUAUGUGUGCAUUUUCCUUCAAUGGAACUCUGUCUCGAUGUUUCAUGAUUUAUUCAUGACUGUGAGAGGAACGUGACGUGCAGAGGCGGGUAACUUAUAUACAAAAUAUAGACUGUCCCGGAGGCGGGUUCACGCAUAGCAAAGGUCAAUGCCAUACCAUAUGUCAACUGUGUUGCAAGGAAGAUGAUAGAGAUGUCUGUUGACAAAAAGACUGUUUUACCGCAAGAGGGGAGAUCAGUUGGCUCCCAUCAACAAUCCACAAGCAGCUUUAAUAGAAAUACUUUAAUGUUGGAGGAGACUCCUGUCAAACACAAUAGUAAGGAUGAUGGUGGUACAGAGGUUGAGAGGGGCAGCACAGCAAUUGCACUGGAGGCUAAUACCUCUGACACCAAGGAUCUGGAAAAAAGUGACGGCCAGUCCCAGGAGUCAAACAGUGGACUGCAGCAAAAUGCACAACAGCCGAGGCUCAACAAGCGACGCACCACGCUAAGCGCCGGCUUCAAGCACCCCAUGUCUGGAAAGAGGCGUCGACGUGCCAAUUCCGAGAGCAACCCUGUCCUUCCCACCAACUUCCUGUUGGGCGGCAACAUCUUCGACCCGCUCAAUCUCAACAGCCUGCUGGACGAGGAGGUGAACCGGGCGCUCAACGCGGAGACGCCUAAAUCCUCCCCUCUGCCAGCCAAGAGUCGUGAGCCCGUGGAGAUUCUGAUCCCCAGGGACAUCACAGAUCCUCUGAAUCUGAACAGCGGGUUCACAGGAGAUGCGGGUCCCCUCGUAUCCCCGCUGAAGAGCGGUGGGCGAAGACGGCACCGCAACCGCCAUCACGGGGGUGGCGGAGGAGGGCCGGCGGGUUCGUGCGCCGCACAGCUGGAGCUGUCAGAGGGCGAAAGAUCUGUAGAGGGGGCACCUGCUACAGCCGAGGAAACCCCCUCGACAUCUUUACCACACCCUCUGUCCGGCCCCACGGUAGGCAACACUCUCCCAGAGGGCGCGUCCCUGCUCAACGCUUUGCCAUCCACAGGUGCCAAGCCCUCCACCGUCGACACUCUCAGCGAAGACUUGAGUAACUCCAGCUUGCUCAACAGGAAGCCCCAGGCUCCGCAGAGGUUCGGCGGCCACGCCGUGCCGGUUGGCUCGGAUGCCGCGUCUGUGCGUUCGACGACGGGCCCGGCUCCUCCUCCUCCGCACCUGCCCACUCGCCAGCGCAAGCGCCGGCGCGUCUCCAGCAGGUCUGAGAACUCCGAGAAAGCGUCGUCGGUCCCCCCGGCCAAACACCCCAGAGCAGAGAGGGGACGGGCGCCUGCCCCGGUGAAGCACAGCCAGCCUUUCCACACCCCAGUGGUGGGCUCAGGGUCGAGGUCAAUCAGUCGGCGGAUGCCCCCCAAUCACCGCGGGUCCAACCAGCAACCGAAGAAGAAGUUCCAGUAUGGCAACUACACCAAAUAUUACGGCUACCGCAACCCGGGGACGAGUGACGACCCACGUAUGGAGAUGCUAAGGCCCGAGUGGUUCCAAGGCAAAACUGUGCUGGACCUCGGAUGCAACACCGGCCACCUAACUAUGUCCAUUGCCAAGCAGUGGAGGCCCAGCCGCAUUGUGGGACUGGACAUCGACGGAGGGUUGAUCCACGCCGCCAGGCAGAACAUCCGAUACUACCUCUCAGAGAUCCAGGCCCGCGAGGCCCGACGGCACGGCGAAGAGGAUGGGCAGCGGGGUCGUGUGACGGACGACAGAAAGGAUGGUGUGUGUGAAGAGACGACGGAGCACAGAAACGACCCCAUGGAAGAAGACCGAGAGGACAGGCCAGUGACUGAUAGGGGGUUGAAGUCCAACAGAGCAGAGCAGGGAGGAAACGGUUUGGACGAGAGACGGAGGGCGCUGGAGAGGAAUGAAGAGCGAACGAGUGAGAAAAAGGAUGGGGGAGGCGGGAGAGGCUACCCAAAAGGAGGUGGCACCUUCCCCGUGUCUCUCCGUAUCUCCCGAGGCCCUAUUGCCGCUCCGCCUCUCCCACGAUCACCCAGCCAACAGCGGGGAAGCUUCCCUGCUAAUGUGUCCUUUGUCACCGGAAACUAUGUUCUCGAGGCGGACCAGCUGCUGCUCCCAGAGAAGGAGGAGUACGAUGUGAUCCUCUGUCUCAGUGUCACUAAGUGGGUCCACCUGAACUGGGGCGACGCCGGCCUGAAGCGCCUCUUCCGCAGGGCCUACAGACACCUGCGACCCGGGGGCCUCCUCAUCCUGGAGCCUCAGCCCUGGAGCUCUUACGGCAGGAAGAAGAGACUAACGGACACCAUCUAUAAGAACUAUUUCAACAUCCACUUAAGGCCAGAUCAGUUCUCUACGUACUUGACCUGCGAAGUGGGCUUCAGCAGCUACGAGUUCAUUGGGACGCCAGAGCAUCUGUCACGAGGUUUUCAGAGACCGAUCUACCUAUUUCGCAAAGGACCGUCAAGCAAGUGACGACUUCCAGUCCAAACCAGAGAAACACCCAGAGAAGACAUUGGGUUUCGCUUUGGCUUGCGUCAUGUCUUCACCGAGGUUUGGGACAUCCAAUUGGAAACGGGGACCAAAAGAGGAACUCAAUCAGAUCUUUGUAAUUGGACAUCUUCUAAACAUUACAUCGUUGCACUGAAACCGAGAGGACUGACUUCGCUCCCUGAAGGCCUGAGUCACCAUUAGAACCAGGAGAGAGAACUUUUCAAAUGUGUAGGAGCUUUUGAAAAGACUUGCACAAAGGGAAGGAUAGGGGGGGGGGGGGGGUGUAAACGGAUUUAUCACCCUUUUGUGUCAUACUUUGUGUUAUAAUCAGUUUGUUUUGAACAAGAGGAAUUUGUCACUUUUUUUGUAACAGGCCAGAAGACCAGUGACAAGCACAGACCCAAAAUGAUAGCCUUUACUUUUUUUGGCUCAAGUAAUCUAAUAUCCGUAAUCAUUCAUUCAGUUUGUUUGCUUGUUUUUAUUUUGUCAUGUUCGAGUUUGGAAGAUGUUUUAAGCUCACGCUUCACUUUCAUUUACAAGUUCUGCUGUUGGAGAAACUACUUUGUAUGCUUCUUGGUGUUAAGUUGGAAUGGAGAAACCCUGUUGCCGUUCUAGAGGUCUAAAAUGAUCAUUUUAAAAAUGAUGGCCAACUUUUUACUAGUGUUUAUUUAUGGCUGCUACCAUGGAUGAAGGCAAGGACUCAUUUAACUUCCCGUCAUCCCAAAGUCACUUGAGUACUCAACAAACCAGGACAAACUGUGCUUGUUUUGUUCUUUUAUAAUCCAACAGAUGUACACUUUAAAACCAAUUUUAAAGCAACCUGGUUGACCAAAUGGAUACUUUUAGUUCAUUCUUUUCACGGUUCUACCAACCUUUGAGACAUGCCACCUGCAGUACAGUACAUGACCGUCAUGGAACGCCACUCAUUGCAGAUCACCACAAUGACUUAAAAAAAAGAAACCUCUUCAAAAUAUUUAUCUUGAGGUCAUCAAAGUGUCAUAAAUAUAGAGCUUCAUAUCAUCACUUGGCUCAAGUGCAAUAUGCUCUAUUUAUCUCCCCAUGAACAUGACAGGAUAAAGUAUGACGCUAAAGGAAAUGUCCAAUUGAAUGUGUUUUGUGAUUAGCAAAAUAUGAAUAAUAGUUGAUGCUAAAUGCCCAGUUCAUAAUGAUGUUUUUGUGGAAUUCCAAAUAUUAAAUCAUUCUAAUUGCCAAUA